AAGAGGAGUUCUCCUCGCGACACAGAGCUCGUCACGCGUCCAGUAGAAACUUCAGGCUUCUGAGGCGAUUGAGCCAAGACGCGCCGCGCUGACCCUCGCGCUUUUCACGGAGUAUUAUCACACAAGGAGUUUCCUAAACCAGAUGUAACUCAGAGUUUUAUGCAUCAUCCUUGCUUCUCGGAUCCUUUCAUGAAGAAGGAACCUGAUGGGACUAAUUUUAUGUGGGAUUGGGAGCCGCAGUUGAGAGCAUGAGCCAGAACGUGCUGUCAUUUCACACACGGGUCGCAUUGCUGCCCAUCAUUCUAUCAUCAUGACCACUGGUGGGGACACAGAACCAUCCCUGUGGCCGGAUCAGGCCCAUACCAGCCUGACUGCACCGGCUGAUGGCACAUGCCUCGAGGAGGCAGAGGACAUGCCCGGUGGCCUUACUGGAAGUGGCGGAGCAUCUUGGGAGUCCACUGGCAGCGUGGCAGAGGUGAAGGAGAAUGUGCAGCUUCCAUACCCGUCCCUUGCACCAGUGGUGUUCUUCUGGCUCCACCAGAGCACACGACCCCGCAGCUGGUGCCUUGCACUUGUGUGCAGCCCGUGGUUUGAGCGAGUCAGCAUGCUGGUGAUUCUGCUCAACUGCGUCACGCUCGGCAUGUUCCAGCCCUGCCAAGACCUGGAGUGCCACUCUGACAGGUGCAGCAUCCUGCAGGCCUUUGAUGAUUUCAUCUUUGCAUUCUUUGCUGUGGAGAUGGUGGUUAAAAUGGUGGCCUUGGGCAUAUUUGGUCCGAAAUGUUACCUUGGUGACACCUGGAACCGCCUUGACCUCUUCAUCGUCAUGGCUGGGAUGUUGGAGUAUUCUUUAGACGGUCAUAAUGUUAGUUUCUCAGCCAUCAGAACCGUACGAGUUCUCAGACCAUUACGAGCCAUCAACAGAGUUCCCAGUAUGCGGAUCUUGGUGACGUUGCUGUUGGAUACUUUGCCGAUGCUGGGGAAUGUCUUGCUGCUGUGUUUCUUCGUGUUUUUCAUCUUCGGGAUUGUUGGCGUGCAGCUGUGGGCGGGGCUUCUGCGCAACCGCUGCUUUUUCGACAGCAACAUCAGAAUGCUGUAUAAUGUUUCAGAGUCUGUGAGUGAAUACUACAGACUGGACGAAACCGAUGACAUUCCCUUCAUUUGCUCCACCACUCGGGAAAACGGAAUGUUGCACUGCUCCAACAUCCCGAAGCGCAGAGUUGGAGGGGCUGAUUGUGAGCUCACGGCUGAUAAUGUCACAGAUCUUGUUUUCAAAGAUCCUCCUCAUCAUGGAUGUGUAAACUGGAACUUGUAUUACAACAGCUGCAAUGCAAGUGAACACAAUCCGCAUAAGGGGGCUAUCAACUUUGACAACAUUGGAUACGCUUGGAUUGCUAUCUUUCAGGUCAUCACGUUAGAGGGAUGGGUGGAUAUCAUGUACUAUGUCAUGGAUGCGCAUUCCUUUUACAACUUCAUCUAUUUCAUCUUUCUUAUCAUUGUAGGCUCCUUCUUCAUGAUCAACCUGUGCCUCGUUGUCAUAGCAACACAGUUCUCCGAGACCAAACAACGUGAGAACCAGCUGAUGCAGGAACAGCGGGCUCGUUUUCGUAGUAACGAAUCCACCUUAGCUAGCCUGGCUGAACCGGGAUCCUGCUACGAAGAAAUGCUAAAAUACCUUGUCCACAUUUGCCGCAAACUCUUCCGACAUGCCACACGCCUCUAUGGCGAAUUAUGCCACAAGAGACGCAGGGGUGUGGCCAAUCCUAGCAGCUCCCACCCAGUGGGCGGGACUAAUCGAUAUUGGAGUGACAGUGGGACAAAGAUGGGUCCGGCCCAAUACUGUAUGCUGCAUUAUCAUCAUCAUCCCCAUCAGCAUCAACAUUACAUCAGCAAUGGGAUGGAAAUGAAAACCCUCCAUCUUGAUAGAGAUGCUCAGAAUUCCAAAAAGACCUCAUCGCUCCCUCUUGCACUACAAAAUUUAAAGGGUUUGAGGCUCGGAAUUAACUAUCCCACCAUCCUGCCCUCCAAAUUAUACGCAAACUCACAAACUCGAUCACAUUCGACAGGUGGAGUCAAAGCACCGGCUUUCCAUCAUGGACUUAACGGCAGGAAGAUCUCCGUUUGUAGUGGAUACCAUGACACUUACAAGUUGCAGCACGGUGUGUAUCCUGGCACGUGCUCAAGUGUGUGUGUGGACACCAGGGUGGGACUGGUGUCUUCAGAUUCAUCCUCCUGCCCAAUUUGUGCCCAGGAAGGCGAUAGUGUUAAUUGCGACUCCACCAGUGAAUCGGACCCAGAGAAACAGGAGCCAGACAUCAACUCAGAGCAGAGCAAAAGAAACCAGGAUUUGGAUGAAAAGGAGUCUGGGAAUGAGAACUGUGUGUGUAUGUGUGUUCAAUAUGCCAGAGCCAUUUUGAGGCGGAUUGUGGAGAGCGAGUACUUCAACAGAGGGAUAAUGAUAGCAAUCCUUAUCAAUACACUCAGCAUGGGAGUGGAGUACCAUGAGCAGCCGGAUGAGCUGACAGACGUGUUGGAGAUCAGUAAUAUUGUCUUCACUAGUUUGUUUGCGUUAGAGAUGCUCUUGAAGCUUUCGGCCUGUGGUUUGUUCGACUACAUCAGCAACCUCUACAAUAUCUUUGACGGGAUCAUCGUUAUCAUCAGUGUGUGUGAGAUCGUUGGACAGGCAGACGGUGGGUUUUCGGUUUUGCGGACGUUUCGUUUGCUAAGGGUGCUAAAGUUGGUGCGGUUCCUCCCUGCUCUGCGCAGGCAGCUGGUGGUCCUGAUGAAGACCAUGGACAAUGUGGCCACCUUCUGCAUGCUGCUGAUGCUCUUCAUCUUCAUCUUUAGUAUAUUGGGAAUGCAUCUGUUUGGGUGUAAGUUUACUCUGCGGAUGGAGAAUGGAGACACUGUGUCGGACAGGAAGAACUUUGACUCACUUCUUUGGGCCAUCGUCACUGUAUUCCAGAUUUUGACCCAGGAGGACUGGAAUGUUGUUCUGUAUAACGGCAUGGCCUCCACCUCCCCCUGGGCAGCUCUGUACUUUGUGGCCUUGAUGACCUUUGGGAAUUAUGUCCUCUUCAAUUUACUGGUUGCCAUCUUAGUAGAGGGCUUUCAAGCUGAGGGUGAUGCUUGCAGAUCAGACACUGAUGAUGACAUGUCGUCUGACUAUGGUGAUGAGGACAAACUGAGAGAACUGCUGAACUCAGGAUCCGAGAUGAAAAUGCAGACAUUAAUGCCCAUCUCAAACGGACACCUGGAACCUCGGGCGUCCAUGCCACCUCACAACACACCCAUGCAGCUCAACGCCACACCCAGAACUGAGGUGUCACACAUCUACAGCCAAUCACGGCGCAACAGCAACACCUCCACUGAGCCACAUGACCAGAGAUCCCUGUCCAGCCUUUGGGGAAGUCGCCGCUCCAGUUGGAACAGCCUUGGCCAUGCCUCCAGUCUAAUGAGACGUGCUCAGUCAGGGGAACGCGAAUCGUUGCUUUCAGGAGUGGGACAGGACAGCAUGGAUGACAGCCAAUCAGAAGAUGGGAAAUCCAGCAGGACUGGCAGUCUGGGCGGAGUUUCGUGUCUGGGGUCAUUUGAUUUUCCAGAGCAUCUCCAGGUUCCACGCCCAUAUUUGGAGUGUAACGGCAGAAGAGAUGGAGGAUAUCCAUCCACUCCCAACAUAACACGUCCCGAUCAACCAUCCACACAGUGCGCAGAUGAUGAUGAAUUUGAGGAGAGUUGGUGUCUGAUUGUGAAGAGACUGUUGGAGCCGUAUAAACCCCAGUGGUGUAGAGACCAUGAGGAUUGGUCACUUUACUUAUUUUCCCCCCAAAAUAAGUUCCGUUUGCGCUGUCAAAAGGUCAUCACUCAUAAGAUGUUUGAUCAUAUUGUGCUGUUUUUCAUCUUCCUUAACUGCAUCACAAUUGCCCUAGAGAGACCUGAGAUCCAACCUGACAGCACGGAGCGGAUGUUUCUUAAAGUGUCUAACUACAUCUUCACUGUGAUCUUUGUGGCUGAGAUGACUGUGAAGGUGGUUUCUCUUGGGCUGUACGCUGGUCCAGACUCGUACCUGAAGAGCAGCUGGAAUGUUCUAGACGGCCUGCUGGUAUUUGUGUCUAUUGUGGACAUCCUGGUCUCUCUGGCCUCCACUGGUGGGAACAGAAUCCUGGGUAUCUUACGAGUACUACGACUGCUCAGAACGCUAAGACCCUUGAGGGUCAUAAGCAGAGCUCCCGGAUUGAAGCUGGUUGUUGAAACAUUGAUCACAUCUCUCAGACCUAUUGGAAAUAUUGUGUUGAUCUGUUGCGCUUUCUUCAUUGUCUUUGGCAUUCUAGGAGUUCAGCUCUUUAAAGGGAAGUUUUACCAUUGUGAAGGCUUUGACACUAGAAAUAUCACCAAUAAAUCUGAGUGCCUGCAGGCUAAAUACAAAUGGGUCCGUAGGAAGUACAACUUCGAUAACCUGGGUCAGGCACUGAUGUCAUUAUUCGUCCUGUCAUCUAAAGAUGGCUGGGUCAGCAUCAUGUAUGAUGGCUUAGAUGCCGUGGCUGUGGACCAACAGCCCAUAAGGAAUCAUAAUCCCUGGAUGCUUCUGUACUUCAUCUCCUUCCUGCUGAUCGUCAGCUUCUUCGUGCUGAACAUGUUUGUAGGUGUAGUGGUCGAGAACUUCCACAAGUGUAGACAAGACCAAGAGGAAGAGGAGGCCAGACGGAGAGAGGAGAAGAGACAGAAGCGCAUGGAGAAGAAACGCAGGAAGGCCCUGGAGAGGCCGUACUAUGCAGACUACUCUCCAACACGCCUCUAUAUUCACACACUCUGCACAAGCCAUUAUCUGGACCUCUUCAUCACCAUCAUCAUCGCCAUUAAUGUGCUCACGAUGUCAAUGGAGCACUACAGACAACCCAAGUAUCUGGAUGAAGGCCUGAAGUACUGUAAUUAUUUGUUCACGCUGGUUUUUGUGAUCGAGGCUGUGUUGAAAUUGGUUGCCUUUGGCUUCAGGAGGUUUUUCAAAGAGAGGUGGAAUCAGUUAGACUUGGCAAUUGUUCUUCUCUCCAUCAUGGGCAUCACACUUGAGGAAAUUGACCUGAAUGCCUCACUACCCAUCAACCCGACCAUCAUACGCAUAAUGAGGGUGCUGCGCAUCGCCAGAGUGUUGAAGCUGCUGAAGAUGGCCACAGGAAUGAGAUCUCUUCUGGAUACAGUAGUUCAAGCUUUACCGCAGGUCGGUAAUCUGGGUCUGCUGUUCAUGCUGCUGUUCUUCAUCUAUGCAGCACUGGGAGUCGAACUCUUUGGCAAGCUUGAAUGCACUGAGGAUAACCCGUGUGAGGGUUUGAGCAGACAUGCUACAUUUCAGAACUUUGGCAUGGCGUUCCUCACUCUGUUCCGCGUUUCCACCGGAGACAACUGGAACGGAAUCAUGAAGGAUACCCUGCGGGAAUGUAAAAAUGACAGAUGUCUGAGUUACCUGCCACUUUUGUCGCCUCUGUACUUUGUGACAUUCGUGCUAAUGGCACAGUUUGUGCUGGUGAACGUUGUGGUCGCUGUGCUCAUGAAACAUUUAGAGGAGAGUAACAAAGACGCCCGUGAGGAGGCCGAGAUGGAGGCGGAGUUGAAGGAAGAGCUUCAUGGAAUGCGUAGACAAAGCACCGCCUCUGUGGGCGGAGCCAUCGGGCUUGAGGGUACAGCUGUGAUAAUGGAGACUCUCUCACAUGAACAGGGCCAAGACCCCAAUUACGGCAACUUCCUGACAGUUAGUAGACCGUCUUUAUCACGGAUGCUGUCCCUACCUAAUGACAGUUACAUGCUCUAUCCUGUUAAGCCUGUAUAUGGGUCCAUUCAUGAGAGGGUCUCCAAACAGGUCUCCACAUUACCAGGCUCCUCUCCCUCACUCGGCAGCCAGCCCUGUGAAGAUAGUGCCAUAAUGCAGGUUCCAGGAACUGCAUCCCAGACAAACCUGGCUGCCGUUCCUGCUCCCCAUCCUCUAAAUCAAAGAGCAAGAUCUAGCAAUGCCUUCAGAGCACUGCGGAGACAGCAAGCAAUAAAGAGCGACUCUAUUGAUUCCACAAACACUGACUCCAGAGACACCUUACACGUCCCGAGCAAACCCUGCUCCAGUGAUAAUCUUCAUCUCAAAGUACCCAGCAUUCCCCUCACCGGUGGAUCCGCCCCGUGUUCGCCCCAGGCCUCACCUCCCCCUCCCCUCUGCAACCGAACAGCGAGCGUACGAACAAACAGACACAUGUACAGCCAGCGCAGCAUCCCCUGUCGACAAUCUAGAAAACCUCUGGAAGUAACAAACACACAUACACAAACCAAACUACAGGAUUCGCAUGAGGUGGUGCGCCUCAAAACGAACGUUCCCCAAAGAAGAGCGUCUCAGCGUGUGGCACGCAACCAGAACCUGUCCCCUUAUGAACCGCACUUCUGUUCUGAAGCCCGGUCUCAAGACUCAUUAAACGGCGGGGCAUCCCAGCCGGGCACCAGCGCUCAAUGUCUACGGAAGUACAACAGUAUGGAAAAUAAUGGCUUCCUAUCUCAACUCCACGUCCCUCGGCGCCACUCAACGCACGGGGAAGAGUUACUGCUUCAGCAGCAGCCACCUGGACCUUCUCAAAUGCCCAAGAAGGAGAAAAUGAGCCCGCCCUGCAUCUCCAUCGACCCUCCCACCGAAGCAGAGUUUCAGUCUCCAGCGGUCAGUCAGGAUCACAGCACAGUCCUAAGACGGCGGACACCGUCCUUCGACUCCGCAUUACCACAGGAGUCCAUAGAUCUUCCUGACCUGCAGGAUGAACCUCUUUUGCCAGGUCAUUUGCCCCUCCCACAAUUCUCUUUUGACCAAUCGGAUGUAAGUUCGCUGAGCAGCAUGUCAGAACUGCUUUCGGAUAGUGACCAGUCGACGCACUCCUUCCCUCCCGAGGGGCGUUCGGGGGCGGUGGGAGACGCAGCUCAGAGUCCACUCAGGAAGAAGGUAUUGGUCAGAAUGGCCAGCACUAGGGAUCCAGGAAAUGAGGAUUCGUUUGCCUAAGCGACCGCGCAGGAAGCCACUCAAAGCAUUUUAAUAACAGUCAGAGGCGCUGUCGGCAAAAGUAUGCAAAUGUGUUUCUGAUGGAACUGAUGUUUUUUUUGCCUGAUCAUAUUGAUUAGGGAACUUGUAUUAGUGGUCAUCACACACACUGAUGUUCUGACGUUUUAUGUGAGUUCAUGUGAACAUCCGUCACAGAAACAUGUUGCAUCGUGGCAUGACCGUGCAAUUUUAACCCUCAUAUUUUGUUUGGGGUCUGAAAGAUUGAUAGAUUUAUAGCUCAAAAAGUGUCAUUUAAAGUUAUCCUGUAAAGC